GCUCCGGCAGCGGAGGGGAGGGGAAAGGAAAGGAGCUCAUCAUGUUUAGGGGCGAGGGGAGUCUCCCUGCCCGGGAACCCGGUGCGCAGCCCCGGCGGCGGCGGUCUCCGCCUCUGGGAAGCCCGUUGGAUUUUCCCCAUCUUACAGCACCUCGCAGGUCUCUUCUCUGAGCAGUACGUUGCCUGAGUGAGUGGAAACAUACAGAUCAGCUGCAGGUUUCUGUCUACAAAAACAGAGUGAAAGAGAAAGAAAAGGGUUGGGAAAGCAGAGACAAAUAUUGACCUGGACUUAUAGAAAGACAUCCAAUGGCUGAAUAAAGAACCCCUGUUCAUGUUUUGGGAUAUUCUUUCAACUGGCUGGAACGAGAGCGGAUCAAAAGAAUGGGAAAUGCCAGCAGACCCUUUAGAAGAAUUGCUUAUUUCUUAUGCCUUUUAUCUGUGCUUUUGCUGACUGAAGGGAAGAAACCAGUGAAGCCAAAAUGUCCUGCCUGGUGUACUUGUACCAAAGAUAAUGCUUUAUGUGAAAAUGCCAGAUCUAUUCCUCGCAGCGUUCCGCCUGAUGUUAUCUCACUAUCCUUUGUGAGAUCUGCUUUUACUAAAAUCCCAGAAGGGAGUUUUUUGCUCACACCAUCUCUGCAGCUUCUGUUAUUUACAUCCAAUACUUUUGAUGUUAUUAGUGAUGAUGCUUUUAUGGGCCUUCCUCAUCUAGAAUAUUUGUUCAUAGAGAACAACAGCAUUAAGUCAAUUUCAAGAAAUACUUUCAGAGGACUGAAAUCUUUAAUUCACCUGAGUCUCGCAAAUAAUAAUCUCCAAUCGCUUCCAAAAGACAUAUUCAAAGGCUUGGAUUCUUUAACAAAUGUAGAUCUUCGAGGCAAUGCAUUUAAUUGUGACUGCAAACUGAAGUGGUUAGUGGAAUGGCUGGCCAGCACCAAUGCAACAGUUGAAGACAUUUACUGUGAAAGUCCACCAGAAUAUAAGAAGCGCAAAAUCAAUAGCCUCUCUCCGAAAGAAUUUGAUUGCAUUAUUACAGAAUUUGAAGUUUAUCAGACCCUGCCUUACCAAUCUCUGUCAGUAGAUACUUUCUCAUACAUGAAUGAUGAACAUGUGGUUAUUGCUCAGCCUUUUACUGGAAAAUGCAUCUUUCUUGAAUGGGACCAUGUAGAAGUGAUGUUCAGGAAUUAUGACAACAUUACAGGUACUUCAACUGUUGUGUGUAAACCUAUAGUUAUUGAGAGUCAGCUGUAUGUCAUUGUCGCACAGCUGUUUGGAGGCUCCCACAUAUAUAAAAGAGAUAUUUUUGCUAAUAAGUUUAUAAAAAUUCAAGAUAUUGAAAUCCUUAAAAUCCGAAAACCCAAUGACAUUGAAACUUUCAGGAUUGCUGAAGACUGGUAUUUUGUUGUUGCAGACAGUUCAAAGGCUGGUUUCACCACGGUUUACAAAUGGAAUGGGAAUGGAUUUUAUUCCCAUCAGUCUCUGCACGCCUGGUACAGAGAUACUGAUGUGGAGUAUCUUGAAAUAUCUGGCAAACCACAUUUAAUUCUGUCAAGUAGUUCCCAAAGACCUGUAAUAUAUCAGUGGAACAAAGGAACAAAUGAAUUUGUUAAGCGUUUUGAUAUCCAAGAUAUGGAAGAUGCAUAUGCAGUGAAACAUUUCAAAGUGAAAGAGGAUGUAUACAUUUGCUUAACAAGAUUUAUUGGGGACUCUAAAGUAAUGAAGUGGGGUGGUUCAGCAUUUCUGGAUUUACAAAGGAUGCCAUCCCGAGGGUCAAUGGUAUUCCAACCGCUUCAGAUAAGUAAUUAUCAAUAUGCCAUCCUUGGAAGUGAUUAUUCUUUCACUCAAGUCUAUUAUUGGGAUGCUGAAAAGGCAAAAUUUGUGAAGUUUCAAGAAUUAAACGUACAGGCACCAAGAUCUUUCAUACAUGUCUCCAUCGAUAAACGAGAUUUUCUCUUUGCUUCAAGUUUUAAGGGAACUACAUUGAUUUAUAAACAUGUCAUAGUUGACUUAAGCGCAUGACACUCAUAAUUCUGAGAUUACAUCAGACUUUCUACCAUAAGUGGACAAAAUGAACUAAAUGCAUGAUGACUCUCUUAUCUUACUUCCAGAUGAAUGCCUUUAAAAGUUGAGAUUGCUAGAACAAAGUAUUACUAGUAUCUUCAUCUUUAAUUGUCAAGUCUAGUGGUGUUGGAAGUUGCAUUUUUUAACAAAAAGAAAUUAAAUUAACUGUUCUUUGCAUCCACAAUAUGUAAAUACGUGUGCAACUGCAUCUGUUGCUAUAAAGAAUAUUAAGAUGUACUUUUCCAUUUAUUUAUUCACCUGUUUGAAACAACUGCCAAAUAAAAUGUUUACAUUUUGUGUCUUUCACAUUCCAAAUAUUAAUUUCAGGUGAUACUUUUUAUUUGUGUAUAUAUUAUACACACAUAAAAUAAACCCGAGAAGGCAUAUUGCCCAGUGCAGUCUUGUACUGCAUGGAAGAUCAGGUUGGUUUUACAUAUAACAAGAAGUUCUUGAUAAAAAUACAGCAUUGAACACCAACCCUAUAAAUUAUCACCUGGACAUAUCUUUACAUUUAUGCAAAGCUUUGCUGAUUUAAACAGGAAUCAACUGAGAAAAAAGCAUUCAGUUAUAUAGAUCCCGUUGUAGGAUAGAAGGUUCAGUUAUAUAGAUCCAGUUGUAGGAUGGGGCUUUGUACUGUGUAUAGCUGGAAGUACUUGAUUUUCUAAAUAUUUACAAAGAAAUCAACAGAAUAAAAGAUGAUGUAAAGGUCUGUCUUUCUCCACCUCAUGCAGAAGCAGCACAAAACAAAUCUCUGAUAUAAUACCGGGGCUGUUAACUGUGCUGAAAGCUAGAAGCACAGCUUAUUUUUCAGCUAGCAUCAUUCCUGUAUCUGAAUUGUCACACAUCACUUGCAUGAAUUUUAUGUGUCCCUGUCAAGUCUUUCCACAACAAUUGCAAUUAUUUAAUCUGCAAUUAAUUUAUUGAUUUUUCUGAAUUAAUCUACUGAAUGUGAAGUAAUUUUUUUUUUUUCCACUAUCCUGCAAUGAAGUUUAGUAACAGGUACUUCUGAAAUUCAGGGAACUUUGAAUAUGGCAGGACAAAUUCAGUUGGUGUAGCACAUGCAACUCCAGGAAAGCUACUUCUAUCUGUUAAAUUAUGCCAAGUCUGAAUUUGGCAUAAAAAUCUAUUACGAACUCAAUGUUAAAAUAGUUUUUGUUUACUUACAUCUAGUGCAUCACUUGUGAGAAACCUAUACUGCUGCUGAAGAUCAUUUGGUGCGGCUCAGGAAGAGAGCUCAAGUUGAUUUUAGACACCUUUGCACUUCACUAGAAGUUAUCAAGCCUUGUGCUCCAGUGCCAUCUUUAAAAUAUACACAUGAAUACUAUCUACAUUUAUACACAUUUCUAACAUUCACAGAUGUUGACUGGCAAAUAAGACUUAUCAUACAAUGCACGUCAGCUAAUCACACAAGCCAAUUCUGCAAGCUGGCUGCUCCCUGUACUCACAGAGACCCCCAAAUCAGCAGAGCAUUAUGGUGCUGCUGAAAGCACCUGCAGCAGAAAAAUAAUCAUCAUGAAAAAAGACGUAUAAUGUAUAUUUUAAGAAGCCAGUCCUAAACAGUAUGCUUCUGUAAUAAAAAAAUUUUGGUUUUUUAUAUUAAAUGUUAUUUGAAAAGAAGAAAAAAAAAAAAACAGGUGAACAAUACUACUUUAGUAAGUGAUUUUUUCUGAUACCUUUUUAUCCAUAGCUACCUAUACUCUGAUCAGUAUUUGGCUUAAUAACUACCUAUUUCUUAAGUAUUUACAGCGUGACUAAAAAGAUUUUAAACUAUGUUUCACAGUUGAAAUUUUUCCUUAAUAAAUAUAUUUCCAAAAAUCAUCUUGAUACAUCAUCACUUGCUUGGCAUGUUUCAUUUAUAAAUUUUUAGCUUUUACACGAGCAUGAUUUCAAACCCCAGAUGAACCCAAAUAAUCUCUUAUUAUUUCUCAAUGUUGGCUGCACAUCUGUGACUGCCAGCUCAGUUUGUCCAUCUCUUCUUCAAUCUACCUUGCAUGGCAAAGGAAUGAAAUGGGAAGUCAUGAACCAGUUUCCAAUCUACCAGCAAAUCAUGAAGUGUUUUCUACUUCAUCUUGUCUUUUGUUUUGGUCUUUUACUUAAGGUCCUAUUGAAUUAUGUGCACUGACUUUGAUCUGAUUUCUGCCAUUAUACUUGCCGACAUGCACUCUCUAUCAAAUUACAUGGAUAACGGCUAUGUAUCCUUGUUAUGGACAUAUUAUGGACAUCUGGCUGAGUUUAAAUGGAAUUGGAUAAUCUUGCUAAUCUGCUAGCAACAUUUAUUUACAAACACUAUACCCCAAUACAUUGCCUCACAAUUGUACCUGGGGAAGGUUGUGUUUCAUGGAAUUACAUUUCAGAGCCAGCCAGCUACAUGCCCUGUUCUGUAGUAGUGCUAUGAUUGUUUUCCUGACUUAACUUAUUCUGAAAUCGUAUGACAGACUUACGGGAAUUCAUUGUUACUCCUGGGUUCAAGGAUGAGUUUAGAAGCCUGCAAAGGUGUGAGUCACUAGAAUUUCACAUUCAUAAUACCUGUAAAACUAGCCACAGUACAGUGGAUGGUGGUAAGGGAUUAACUGCUGGAUUAAUCUGCUGAAGUACACAACUGUGUUACCAGUUUGGUUGUUCCUUCAGGAAAUUCUACCUGUAGCCAAGCACUAAUGAUUUGGGGAGUUCUUAAUGUCUAUGUCAUUUUUAGAAGGUCAACUAAUCACAAUAAAGUGCUGAAUCUAAA